ACCACAAUCAACAAAAGCCAUCAAACCGCGGCAUCCAAACGGGCAAAUUUAGGUUUGUGCUUCGUUCGGAUAGUAUCAUGGAUAUAUUACACUGAUUCAGUUCUAAUAAAAACCUAAAACUACAAGCAGUGUUUGCCCUAGUGCUAAUAUCGAGCCGCUAAAAUGGCGAAUCGAACAGUGAAGGAUGCCAAAAAUGUGCACGGCACCAACCCACAAUAUUUGAUCGAGAAAAUCAUUCGGUCCCGUAUUUACGACUCCAAGUACUGGAAGGAACAAUGUUUCGCGUUAACAGCCGAACUUUUAGUCGACAAGGCAAUGGAAUUACGAUUCGUUGGUGGAGUGUUUGGAGGCAACAUAAAGCCAACACCUUUUCUCUGUCUGACGCUCAAGAUGCUACAAAUUCAACCCGAGAAAGACAUUGUUGUCGAGUUCAUCAAGAAUGAAGAAUUUAAAUACGUUCGCGCGUUAGGUGCGUUUUAUCUACGCCUCACUGGAUCAUCGCUUGAUUGCUACAAAUAUCUCGAGCCACUUUACAACGACAAUCGAAAGUUGAGGAAACAAAAUCGUAUGGGCGCCUACGAACUGACUCACAUGGACGAGUUCAUCGACGAGCUGCUGCGGGAGGAGCGCGUCUGCGAUAUUAUCCUGCCACGCAUUCAAAAACGGCAUGUCCUAGAGGAGAAUAACGAGCUAGAGUCGAAGGUAUCCGCUUUGGAGGACGAUCUGGAUGAAGAAAUGCCUAGCGAGGAUGAGGCACCGGAAGAAGUCCCCUCACCCCCACUAAUGAAGGAAAAAAAGAUUGAAGUGAUAAAAGUCAAAGGUGGGAGCAAAAGAACCGAGCGAUCUGUUUCGCGUGAACGGCAACCGGAUCGUUACCGCGGCCACGACGCAGGUAACUAUCGAGAUCGGGAGUACGAUCGAGAAAAGGAACGAGAUCGUGAUCGCAAUCGAGAACGUGAACGUUCCGACCGAGAUCGAUACAGAGAGCCAGCGGACAGACGGGAUAGACGAGAUCCUUAUGCAGAGCGAGAGCGCUUCAAAGAGCGAGAUGCACGUGAACGGGAACGAGAACGGCAUCGACGUCAUGAGCGACAAGAAGAACGCGAACGAGAAAGGCGCCGUGACCGGGACCGUGACGAUCGAGACCGUGAAUAUGAUGAUCGUUCCCGGGGUCACGACCGGGAUCGAAGACGACGAUGAGAACUGCUUCAUUGGCGAAACAAAGAACCGCAUUUGUAUGAAGAUAGAAACUUUGAAAACAAAAAAAUACAUAUUCUGUAAUUUAAAGUUCCGUGUGAUGGAUGGACUCGACCUAUUUUG